AUGACCGCUCUUUCUCCACCGACCUCCCCGACAACGCCCUCGCGCAAGCGCAGGUCACUGCGGCUGUCCAACGUCGAGAUACAAUCCCAAGACGCCACGUCCCCAAGUCCGUAUACCAGUGGGACCACCAAUGGCACCACGUACUCGAGGAGAUCAUCGCGGACCUCGCAAACCUCUUACCAGCCUCGGUCUCCGGUGACACCGCGUCCCAUGUCCUCCAAGUCGUCUAGACCUCCCUCGUUCUCCCAACAGCGCCGGCCGAGUCGGACCAGUAUCAACAGCAACAGAAGUAUCGAACAGUACGGUGACGGUAACGGGUUGGGAAACUUGGCCGACGAGCUCGAGCAGGCGUGGGACGACGACGAGGACGGAGAAGGACACUCGAACUUCCUCGAUGGUCUAAGAGAAGGCGAGGUAGAUCAAGACUCUUCGAUGGUGCGCGACAUGCGAAGCCCCUACGAGAUCAACGACAUGCACGACUUUGGAUUUGGGAUGGUCGUGCAGAGCCCGCACGGUCAACAUGACGGGCAAUCUCCCACUCUACACGUCCCGCAGCCUCGCAGGAAUUCGCAACCUCCGGAGAACAAAAGGUCGGGCCAUCAGAGACAAGAAUCUGCCUACGACGGCUCAGACUACGGGCCGGAUUCAGAGGCGGAAGAAGAGGAUGCUUUCCCACCAAUCCUACGCAAACGCAUCCGCGACAUCGAAAACCUCACUCGCAUGUGCGUCAACCCCGAGGACGCCGUCAGCGAAGGCGGUGGUACUGUCCGCCGAGUCAUUCAUGGGUUAAAGGAUCUUGGUCCGCAGGCAAACAUUGAGUACGGGGUUACUCGGUUGAUCACGGCGUAUACAUCGAUGGCGUCUCAUCGCACACACAAGACGCGAGAUUUGUUCACUCAGUCGCACUCCUUGAUGUAUGGAGGAACUCUGUGGCAGGUACCGCCGGAGAUGAUUGACAUGCUCCUGGACGAUAUCGCGAACUUGUCCUCGACCCUCCCUUUCCUCCGUCCGCAAAACCCACUGCUUUCCCUCCAGAUCUUAGCGUCACAGACCGAGGAACUCAACCACACUCUUCGCUCCCUGACCGAUCUGCUUCAAGAAUCCCGCCUCGCUGCCAGUGCCGCAACAAGAAAGCUCAAGUCGGUCCGCGACAUGGUAGAGGACAUGUCGCUGGAGGAAGAGCUGGUGGAGAACAGCAUCCUAUUGAUACAGGCCGGGGAUUGGGAUCGGAGAUGUCGGGAGAGGCAGGCAGCACGGACAGUCAGGAAGUGUGCGAGGGGUUUGCCGACCGAUGGGGUGUGCAAUGUGAUGUGGAUUUAA